CAUAGGUUAUGCGUUAAUUUGCGUGCCAUGUAAAUUCGCCACUGGGCGCAUUGCCUUGCCCCCGCUUGUAAACAAAUGUACGGAGUCGGGUUCAAUGAUUUUUUAAUUAAAACAAUAGUCGACUUUACUGACUUAAGUGCGCAAUUGUGGCAUGUUAACUGCAAAGAUCUCUAUAUAAUUGUCGUCUAGAAAUUGCAUACCACUUGGCGAUAAAAGAGUUCAGAUAAGCACAGCACUUAACCACCAUGGAUCGGGAAAGCCUAUAUUUUAUGAAUAAGGAUGACAAGAACACUUUCGAUUUCGAUGAGACUCUGCCGCCGCUUCCGCUGCCAGAGCUGCGCGAUACCCUGGAGCGGUACUACACCUGCAUCCAGCCCUUCGGCACACCCGAGGAGCUGGCCCAGGCGAGGAAGGCCAUCGAUGAGUUUCGGGACGGAGUGGGCGCCGAGCUGCACGAAAAGCUCAAGCAGCGGGCAGCCACAAUGAAGAAUUGGCUGGGCACCUGGUGGGAGGAUUAUGGUUAUCACUUGCUGCGCCUUCCUCUGUUGCCCUAUCAGCUCAUGACGAUGGCCAGCCAGCUGGAGUUGGUCGGUGUACCAGAGACGCCAGAGUACAUGCUAAAGAGCUUCUCUCGUAUCAUAUUUCACACUCUGGAGUUUUGGGAUCUUACCCGCAAGUCGGCCAUUAAGCCGCUUUCCUCGAACGGAGGCAAGAUCAAGUACUCCUCCGCACUGUACAAACGUUUCUUCUCCACAUCCCGCGUUCCCGGCGUGGAGCAAGAUCGCAUCGAAAAGCAUUUUCUCACCAAGGAUGAGGGAAACACGCCCACGCAUCUGUUGAUUGCCGCCAAGGGACGUCAGUUUGCCAUCAACUGCGUGCACGACGAUGACACUAUUCUCACUGCACCCGAGAUUCUUGUGGCCCUGCAGCGUCUGCGCAGCAUCUUGGACUACGAGCCAGAGGGUGCAUGUGUGCCGAUUCUCACCCAUGACGACAGACCCAGUUGGGCCAACAAUCGUGCUCGUCUGCUGGAGAUCUCCGAUGCCAACAAAGAAACCCUCCGACUGGUGGAGGGUGCUUCCAUGGGCAUCUGCUGGGAUGAAAAUACCCCCGAUAGCUACGAGGAGUCCUCCCAAUUGGGUCUAUAUGGCGACACACAUAGCCGAUGGGCGGACCACGCCAGCAGCAUCAUCGCCUACAAGAAUGGGCGCUACAAUUGGACGGGGGAGCACAGCUGCUAUGAUGGCACAGUAAGUGUCAGCUUUGCCACCUUCAUGCAGUUGAGCUUGCUGGAGGUGCCAGAACCCGACUGGACCCUGGCCGAGAGUGCGCAGGUGGUGGAACUCAAAGAACUCAAGUUCGAGCUGGACGAUACGCUCAAGAGCGAGAUAACACGCCUGCGAAAAGAGAAAGACGAGCGGGGCAUUGACGUCACAGCGACCUUUACUGUGUUCGAUGAGUACGGCAAGGACUUUAUGAAAUCCCAUAGACUGCAUCCAGACUCCUUUAUUCAGGUGGUCAUGCAGUGGGCAUACCACCAGAUGCACGAAGAAAUUGCUCCCACCUAUGAAACCGCUCUGAUGCGACAGUAUUACAAUGGACGAACGGAGACGCUGCGCUCCUGCACUGGCGCCGUGGCAGAGUUCCUGAAGGCUUCAUCUGAUUCGCGCGUCAGCGAUCUUGCCCUGGCCAAAAGCUUUCGCACAGCCGUCGACGAUCACAAGCGGGCCAUGGAUGAGGCGCGCAAGGGCAAUGGCAUCGAUAGGCACUUGUUUGGCCUCUGGUGUGUCGCCUACGAAAACAAAUUAGACAUUCCCGCCUUCUACGAUGAUCCGCUGUACACGAAGAGCGGCGGCGGUGGCAAUUUUGUGCUCUCCUCCAGCACCCUGGGCUUCACUGCAAAUGUGGGCUUUGUGGCACCCAUGCUGAUCGAUGGCUAUGGCGUAUUCUAUUCGAUUACCUCUGGAGCUGUCUUCAUUAAUACCACCGCAUAUCGUGACAGCAUUAAGACGAGCGCUCGAAAGUUUAAUGACAUCUUCAAGGCCUCGUUCCGCAGGAUAAGCGUUCUGCUGGAGCAGCUGGCCAAGGAGUCCAAGCUGUAAACCAUCGGCUUAAGGCGUAGUUUUAAGUGAAGAAGAGAACAUCAUACCUCUCCAAACAUUUUACGAUACGAUUAAAAUAAUCUUGACUUUAUGCCACAGU